GGCUGGUAGUCCCGUCCCCGCCGCCCGCCAGCGAAGAUGUCCGAGGUGCGGCUGCCGCCGGUGCGGGCGCUGGAGGAUUUCUUGCUGGGCUCCAGCCGGCUGUCUCCGCCGGACGUGCGAGACCUGCAGCGCUGGCACAACCGCGUCGUCAACAACCUACUGUACUACCAGAGCAACUACCUGCUGGUGCUGGGCGCGGGGCUGCUGCUCGGAGGGUACUUUCGCCCCUUAUUGACUCUGCUGAGUGCUGCUCUCGUGACGCUGAUCUUUGUGGGCUUCAUCUGGGCGGCCGAAAACAAGGCUCCCGUGCGACGCUUCCGGCGGAAUUACCCCGGCACCUGCCUCCUUACCAUCCUCGGCUCGGCGUACUUUCUGGUGUCUCUUCUCGAUGGCUCUGCCACCUUCUUGUUUUUCAUCGCUCUGCCCAUAACGUUGACCCUCAUCCAUGCCUCCCUGCGUCUUCGAAACCUCAAAAACAAGAUUGAGAACAAGAUAGAGAGCAUCGGACUCAAGCGCACUCCCAUGGGUCUGCUCCUGGAAGCCCUAGGACAGGAACAGGAAGCCGGAUCCUAGACGAUUCCCUUUUAAUUCUCCCUUUUCCCUUUGGAAAUAUGCUACCUUCCUUCCAUUGACUGUUCACUUUCCCCCUCUCUGAUCCCUAGCCUGUGUGCUAUCUGUUCACUUAACCCAACCUAGCGGCCCAGCUAUGAGCUCAUGCAAAAGGCGGCCUGUGUCCUGUGGAGCAGAGCAGAUGGCCAUUGGGACUCCCUGUCCCCAGUGAAUGAGGCUUGAUAGGAGAGUAGAAGGGGAACAGCAAAUAGAGUGGAAAUCAAGGUAGUAUUUCUUACUGGCCGUUAAGUAUUAAGUACUGGGACUCUUUACCUGUUUAAGUUUAAAAGGGUUCCAGUGCAUGAGAAAGGGAGAAGAAGCUGAAAAUAAGAUUUAUGGAAGGCAAGGCUGUAUUAUCUUUUUUAUAAAAAAACAACUGGUGUAAAAUGUUAGACUGUAGUAUGCCUAGACACAUUUAAAAAAACAAACGACCCAAGGAUCAGGACUUGAUCCUAGAGCAAAGAACAGUAGCCAGCCAACCCAUUAAAAGGGAGCCUUGUUCUAAUUAUUCCAAGCGCGGGCAAACUUUAGUAUUUACUAGUAUAGCAUUACUUAGCAUUUAUAUAGCAGCUCCAAACACUCCCAAGUGCUCCACCUACAGCAUGUAAUCCUUUCAACAGCCAUGUUGUGCACCUCAGUAUUUGAUCCCCACAUUGCAGCUGGAGGGAGGUGGGGCCAGCAGAAAGCUGCUUGCCUUAGCCUAUAAUGGCGGAGGUGGUCUUCUGUAGAACACCUGGCCUCUUGUUUUCAGAAAAGGGAGAUUAGGCAAGAGUUCGGAUUGGAUGGAGGAAAGGGGGAAAGUAAUUUUGAAGAAGCUCUAGCUAAGUCAGAAAUGGGGAGCCUUUUCUGGAACUACAGCUCACAUGUCUCUAGUAAUUCAUCGGGCUAGUAAUUCAUUAACCCUGUGGGCUUCCCUUAUCUUAUGCAUUGUGUGGAAAGGACACUCCAAAGUUCAGAAGCUGUGUAGCAACCUAUACAUUCCGCUCCGCAGAGGGAACCCCCAGCCCAGGCAAACAGCGAGAGGUUCUUAAGAGGAGCAGAAGAGGCUUGUCUAGCCAUUUCCAGAGACCAGUCAGGCAGAGUUUGACUCCUUGUCUUUUGCAGAGUCCUUACAGUAUUCAAAACUUCAGAGAAUGGACCAAACCCUGGUAUAGUGUGUCUUUAAGAGAUGUAGCUGAAGGGUAGGAUGUUUUAAUAAAAUGAAGGAGCUUGGAGAUUCUACAAGCAUUGCCAAAAAUAACAACUGUCCGAGGGGUUCAGAUAUUGUACCUCUCCAUUUCUUCUGUAUGCAGUUUGCAUUUAUUGGGUAAUGGGAGGAAAUCAGUUUCGAAACCCUCUGUAUGGCACUUUUUUUUGCUAAAAAAAUUGUUAUUGAUUGACAAAAUGA